AUGAAAUGUUCGGUAACAAGCACAACUUGUGGGAGUCAGAGAAGUAGACCAGUUUUUCUGAAACCAAGUGACGAUAAUAAUUUCGACAAUCGUAAUGGCUCACUUGUACUGGAGGACCGCACAACCGAAGGAGGAUCCAAUGUGGUCGUAAAUAAUCCGUUUCUUGCACUUUCCAUUCAGCAGCAACGUACUCGACUUCCUAUUUUUAAGUAUCGCAAUCAUAUUAUAUAUCUGUUAGAAAAAUAUCGAAUACUUAUAAUUGUUGGAGAAACUGGAUGUGGUAAAAGCACCCAGGUACCUCAGUACCUGAUGGAGGUUGGUUGGGCCUCAGAUGGACGAAAAAUAGGGGUAACACAGCCGAGAAGGAUAGCGGCAGUUAUGUUGGCUAAUCGUGUUGCUGAGGAGAAAUUAUGCAGACUUGGUGCGGAUGUUGGUUAUGUAGUUCGCUUUGACGACAUGACUGAUUCGGGAACUAAGAUAAAGUACAUGACCGAUGGCAUUCUUCUUCGUGAAUUUAUGUCCGACCCUUUAUUAACACAAUACAGCAUACUGAUGAUUGAUGAAGCGCACGAACGUUCUAUUAACACCGACGUUACGUUGGGUUUAUUGCGAAAAGUAAUUGUCGCACGUCAAGAUCUGCGAAUAAUUAUCUCAUCUGCAACUCUUGAUGCUAUUCUUUUUCGUGAUUUUUUCGAGUCAAAUGACACAAACGAUAGAAACAAAGAUAUAACAAGUAUUAUUUCUGUUGAAGGUCACAUCCAUCCUGUUACUGUAUACCACACAAGAAAUGCUGUACCGAACUAUAUUCAGAAGACGGUAGAAACUGUCCUUGACAUCCAUAAAAAUGAACAACCCGGCGAUGUAUUGGUGUUUCUUACAGGACAGGAUGAGAUAGAAUCAGUUAGUAAACAGCUGCUUGAAGCAGUUAAAGAUAUAAGAAAAAAGACGAUAGAUAAACUUUGGAUUGUACCGAUAUAUGGCUCUUUACCGGGAUUUGAGCAGUUGAAAGCUUUUGAUUCAACUCCUUACGGCACAAGAAAAAUCGUCAUUGCUACAAAUAUUGCCGAAACGUCUUUAACCAUACCCGGCAUAACUUACGUGAUUGAUUGCGGUUUUGUGAAACUUCGAGUAAUGAAUCCUGAAAAUUAUUUCGAAAGCUUGAUGAAGUUACCUAUUUCUCAAGCAUCAGCACAACAACGUGCAGGCAGGGCAGGACGACUCCGCCCUGGAAAAUGUUAUCGUCUUUAUCCACAAGAAGAAUACAACAAACUUCUGGUAAAUACUAUACCCGAAAUGCAACGACUAAACCUCGCAAGUGUCAUUCUGUUGUUGAAGGCUUUAGGAAUACACAAUGUGUUACGCUUUAAUUAUUUGUCACGGCCGUCUUCUUUUGCAAUGGUUGAAGGUCUUCAGUUGUUAUAUUACCUUGGAGCCCUUUCUAAUGACGGUUUAUUAACCAACCCGUUAGGGGUUCAAAUGACAGAAUUUCCUUUGAUGCCACAACAUUCCAGAACUCUUCUGUAUUCGGGUGAACUAGGUUGUAGUGAAGAGAUUGCAACGAUUAUAGCUAUGCUUCAAAUACAGGAUGUUUUUGUAACGCCAGCGAGAUGUCGUCAUCAAGCUGAAUUAAUGAAAAGGAAUUUCUCCGUUGAGGAAGGGGACCAUUUCACUCUUUUGAACGUUUUCACAAAUUUCGUGCAGAAUGGGAAAUCCAAGAAAUGGUGUAUCAAUCAUUUUCUGAACUACCGUGGUUUGUGUCGUGCGGAAGCAAUUCGUGAUCAGCUGCUUUGCCUUUUGAGACGUCAUAAUAUACAAAUUAAAUCAUGCAAAGAAAAUGGAGAAUUUAAGUCAAUACUUCGUUGUCUGGUGAAAGGAUUCUUCUCACAAGCCGCUUAUUAUCAUUAUUCUGGCGAUUAUGUUACUAUCAGGAAUAAGCACCAUUUCAAAAUUUACAAGGGAUCAGCCAUUAUGUACAGAAGGGAAUUCCCAAAAUGGAUAAUAUUCACGGAAGUGCUACAAGAUUCGAUCCGUGACAUCAGCGUAAUUGAACCAGAAUGGUUGCAUCAGCUGGUUCCUGAAUAUUACGAAUUUGGAACGGUAUGA